GCCCCUUUCGGAAAGCAAGAGUCGAUUCGGCACUCGGGCAUCCCUGCCGUGCCUUCACCCAGCAGCAAAGCAACCAAGGUAAACCAGAGCACCACCGCCCGCCCGCAGCCGCAGCCAGAACCCCCCGCCCCCAAAAUUACCACCUUGGAAUCCAGCAACCAAGCAGCCGAGCCCCGUCUAUGGCGGAUCAGGAGGCCGCCGAGCCGGGCCCGCCGUCGUGGCCCCCCUGGACCUCCCUCCUGCUCCGAGCCAUGAGCAGGCGCCGCACCUGGGCGGCGCUCUUCCUCGCCGUCUACGCCGCGCUGCUCUCCUCCUCCUGGAGCCUGCUGGCGUCCGUGCGCGCCUGGUACUACGCCGCGGCCGCGGGCUCGGCGGCGCACCCGGCCGCGUGGCCCGCCGCGCUCUACGCAUCCGUCAUGUACGGCGCCGUCUUCGGCCUGCUCUCCAUGGGCGCCGCGCUGGCCGUCGCCGCGCCCGCCAUGCUGGUGACCUGGAUCACCGUGCUCGUGCUGCUGGCGUUCGCGGGCAAGCCCCGGCGGUCGCUGGUCGCCGAGGCGCGCCGCGCCACGGCCGACAUCGCGCGGCUCGCGCUCCGCGUGCUGCUCUGCGAGGGCAACGCCGUCGCCGCCGUCUGCGCCGCCGCCAGCUUUGCCGCCCUCCUCUUCGGCCGCCGCGACGACGCCGGCGCCGACGCCGGGCGGCGGCUGAUCUGAAAGCUUUUUCCAGUUCUUUUCACGCCCUUUUAUUUGUUUAUUUUCUGUUCAUUGUAGCUGUGCUGUCCGGAUGCAGCCGUUGUAUACCAGCAGUUUGGGGGUUUCAUUCUUGGCAA